AUGGUCUCCCCAAGCCUCCCCAAGCAGCUGUCGACGGCACCGCCCGAGGUCGCCAACGUCAUGGUGUCGUUCCCAGACGCGCACGUCAUGCUUGUGACGCUCAACCGGCCAAAGCAGCUCAACGCCAUCGCUACACCCCAACACGCCGCCCUCGCCGGGCUCUGGCGCUGGUACGACGACGAGCCGUGGCUGCGGUGCGCGGUGCUGACGGGUUCGGGCCGCGCCUUUUGCGCCGGCGCCGACCUGCGCGAGUGGAACGGCAACCACCAGGCCACCAGCACCGACGACAAGGGGCAGCAGCCCCCGAGCGGCAGCCCCGUCGCGGCCGGCGGCUUCGGCGGCAUGGCCAACCGCGCCGGCAAGAAGCCCAUCGUGCUGGCGGUCAACGGGCUGGCCUUUGGCGGCGGCAUGGAGAUGGUGAUCAACGCCGACAUGGUCGUGGCGGCGCCCGACGCGCGCUUCGGCCUGCCCGAGGUCGGCAAGGGCGUCAUCGCGCUGGCGGGCGCGCUCCCGCGGCUGACGCGCGUCGUGGGCCGCCAGCGCGCGGCCGAGAUGGCGCUGCUGGGCCGCACGUCGUACUCGGCCGACCAGAUGCGCGACUGGGGGCUCGUCAACUUUGUGGCCGCCGACGCGGUGGCGGAGGCGUUGCGCGUCGCGGCCGAGCUGGCGGCCAACUCGCCCGACGCCGUCAUCGUCAGCCGCGAGGGCCUGCGGCUCGGCUGGGAGGGCGUGGGGCCCGAGCAGGCGGUCGAGAUGCUGGCGCGGGGCAUGUACGGCCGCAUCGACGGCGGCGAGAACAUGCAGGAGGGCGUGCGGAGCUUUGUGGAGAGGCGGAAGCCCGUGUGGAAGGACAGCAAGCUGUAG